CUUCUUUAUUCUUUUUCUUUUUCUUAACAAUCGCCCCCAGUCCAAACAUCCGAUACCGCAGCCAUGGAUGCCUUUAAAGGACAAUUGGAACAUAUCCCUAUCCCAACCACGUCGUUCCAAGGCCAGACUGUUAUUGUUACGGGGUCCAACACUGGCUUGGGAUUGGAGGCCGCCAAGCAUUUUGUACGACUUGAUGCAGAAGUUGUCAUUCUCGCGGUCAGGUCGCUAGAAAGAGGCGAAGCGGCCAAAGCUUCUAUCGAGGCUUCCACGAAGCGAAAGAACGUCGUCCAGGUAUGGCAGUUGGAAAUGGAUAAAUACGACUCGAUCAAAGCCUUCGCCUCAAGAUGUAAUUCGCUCGAAAGGCUCGACGCCGUGGUGGAAAAUGCCGGCCUUUUGAGGAAUACAUAUGAAGAGAGUGAGGGAACUGAGAUCAGCAUCAAGGUCAAUGUCAUCGGAACAUUCCUACUGGCACUAAACUUGUUUCCAAUCCUUCGAAGGUCAUAUGGCAAGACUGGACAAACGCCAAGGCUAGUCAUUACUAGUUCUUCUGUUCAUUAUAAUGCGAAAUUUCGCGAAAGAUUUGAACCUUCCAUCUUCGAUGCUUUGAACAAGGACGAGCCAGCAUGGCUCAACGAUAGGUACAAUGUAUCGAAACUACUCGAGGUCAUGCUUGUCCGUUCAGUUGCCGCGGCAAUGAAUGAAGGCCCCCAUAGCGCUCAGCCAAUCAUUUUGAACAAUGUGCAUCCUGGGCUUUGUGAGUCAGAGUUGGACAAGGAUGUUAAGGGAUUGCCUCGCUACAUUCUCAGCAUCGCGAAAACUCUCGUUGCGCGUAAGACAGAGGAAGGUUCGCGAACACUCGUGCACAGUGCAGCUGCCGGAGAUUACAGUCACGGAAAGUAUAUGAGCGAGUGCAGAGUUAGGGAGCCGAGCGCCUUUGUUAGAAGCAAGGAGGGUGCAGAGACCCAGGCACGUGUGCAUAAGGAACUAAUGGCUAUACUGGAGAGCAUUCAACACGGGGUAACACAAAACAUCUGAGUAAGACUGUCAUCCUUAGACUACUAGGUUUAAUAACCUGGAUAUUAUAGAAGAGGGAGUUACUAUUGUUUGUUAUUAGAAAUUUUAUUUAUUAAUUAAUCC